CUAAUUCCAGGUGACGUUCCGGCGGGGGAAAACACAGCCGGUCGAGAGUAAACAAAAGUUACGUUGACCUCGUCACGUAACCUUCUUUAUAACACCUGCUGCUCGUGGCGUGACGUGUUCCUUGUGUGUGUGUGUUUUAGUCGUUUUGUUUGCGUAGUUGGAGGAAGAAUUUCUGGAGGUAAGAGCAGCCACACAAAACCAUGGCAAGUCAUAUGGCAAGAGGCAUUUCCCGGACCCUUGUCACAAUUGCCGCUGUCAAGACUCGGAGAGGAACUAGGUUUGCUGGAUAUCUUGGGGCAACCCUGUGUGCAUCGGGUGGAGUCCUGCUCUAUGCUGCCUGCUCCCAAAAUGUCUCCGCCGCCCAGAAAGCCUCGACCAUCGACACUUCGCAGUUCAUGGCCGCCCCUGUAACAGAGCUGAGCAUCCUGGAGAAGAAUAAGGAAGACAUGAAAGCGAAAAUGGAGUUGCUCGUCAUGAGGAUUCAGUCAGAGUUCUGCAGAGCUCUUGAGGAAGAGGAGAGCAGUGGGACCAAGUUCACAGUUGACCGCUGGCGCCGGCACAACCCCAGUGAAGGAGGCGGAAUAACGUGUGUCAUACAGGAUGGCGAGACCUUUGAGAAAGCAGGUGUCAACAUAACAGUGAUGUCGGCUCCUCUCUCCAAGCAACUGCAGGCAAGCAUGAGAGCGAGAGGGAAGGAGUUACCAGAGGACAAGCAGUUCACCUUUUUCGCUGCGGGGAUCAGCUCGGUCAUCCACCCUCGCAACCCCCACGUCCCGACCAUCCACUUCAACUACCGGUACUUCGAGAUGCAAGACGAAGACGGCAAUAACAAGCAUUGGUGGUUUGGUGGUGGCACGGACCUCACCCCAUACUUCCUGGAGGAGGAUGAUGUGCGGCAUUUCCACUCCGUCCUGAAAUCCUCCUGUGAUCGCCAUGACCCUCAGUAUUAUCCCAAAUACAAGAAAUGGUGUGAUGAUUAUUUCUUUAUCAAGUACAGGGGAGAGCGGAGGGGUGUUGGAGGUAUCUUCUUUGAUGACUUGGAAGCAGACAAGCCAGAGGACAUCUUCAGCUUCGUCCAAGACUGUGCCGAAUCUGUUGUGCCGUCUUAUCUCCCACUCGUGAAGAAGCACAGACUAGACCCUGUGUCUGAGGAGGAGAGACGCUGGCAGCUGCUCCGUCGAGGCAGAUACGUGGAAUUCAAUCUUGUAUAUGACCGUGGUACCAAGUUUGGAUUUGCAACGCCCAAUGCCCGGAUCGAGAGCAUCCUCAUGUCUCUCCCCUUACAUGCUAGAUGGGAAUACAUGCACAGCCCGGAGCCCGAUUCCAGAGAAGCAAAACUCACCGAAGUCUUGAAGAAUCCUAAGGACUGGGUUUAGGUUACUGGCCCCUGUGUAAACGCUUGAGUGAAUGCUGUUAGGAUUAGGAUCUAAAAAGAAAAUACAACUAAGUGGGUUUUGAAAAGAUGAGUUAUAUAUCUUCUCUCAUGUUCCGGUGAAAUGCAGAGAAGGGGUGUUGUGGUGUAAUAAAACUAUUUCAGUGAUGGCUUGUUUCGAGAUAUUAGGAGUGUGAUGGUAAUUUUCUUUGUAAAUUAUUUGCAUCGAAAAUGCUUGUGCAGUAGCGACUAUGAAUAGUAAUUUUUCAAGUAUGUUUGUCUGCAAAUGAAGUGAGUCUUAAAUGAAGCAUCAUGAAAGUUGUAGAAUUAUUGUUGUAUUAAAGUGUAGAUAUUUAUUUGGUUAAUUCAAUAAAAUCAAGGGAUAGUACCCACAUGUUGUAAACAACUUCUCGUAAGCAAACUUUUCCUUUCUUUCAUCUUUUUCUUUUCUUUUAACACAGCAAAUUAUCAAGAUAAUUCAAUGGCGCCAAGAUUUUCGGGGAAGGAUUGUAAAUACCGAGUUGUGAAGUCUCCUUAUACUUUUAGAUGUAUAAAGAAAAUUUAAUUUAUAAUUGUAAAGUGAAGAACAAAUACUUAUUCAGUACUUAUAACUUUGCAACAUGUUACUUAAGCUUCUGUUGAUGUUGAUUAUUUUCCAGUAUUAUAAGCACAAUUUAACAAUGCACUAUAAAGUCCUCCAACUCUCCUUGUCUGCAGUACUAUAAAUGAAGAUAUAUGUUUUUGCACAAAGUGACAUUUUAAUGGUAAAAUAAAGUAUGGUUGUGUUUUGCAUUAUUACAGUCUUCAUAUAUUUUCGGUAAUUAUUACAGUCUUCACGUAUUUUGGGUAGAGCUGUGGUUUAAGAGUGGUGUUUCAUAUCGCUUUGGAUUUCACUUUGAAUGAUGAAAAAAGAAAGAAAAAAAAAAAACGAGAUUUUUUGUAUCAUCAGGAAA